GGCUAGGGUCUUAGGAUUGAUAGCACGUUAAUUAGGCGGCCUGGCUAACCGUGGGCGACCUCGCCCUCGGAACGCGUAUAGACGCGACCCUAUCGUCACCAGAAGCAGAUCGGCUAACUGAUGAGCAGCCAAUAUGGUUGCCAACGUGCACAAGCUCCCAUGUCGCCACCAGAUCUCUAUCUAUUUGACCCGGCGCAUCAUCUCGCAGGAGCAUGGCUGGUCACGCUUAGAGCACAACAGUACGAUGAUCACGAAGCACAGAUCAACAUUCCGACUCGAACGGGAGGAGACGCUCAUCAUUGGUAUAGUACUUAUGUAUGGGUGGAUCUCCCGACCUUCGAACGGGAUUUCAUGAAUCGAUUUGAUUAUGUCUACCCUGAGCAAGCGCUGUACAUGAUCAAGGACCGAGUGCAAAAACCGCUCGAGUCCGUUGCGGAAUAUCGAAACUGGUUCUACCGAAUGUUCAUAAAAACUGAGCGAGGUGAGCAAGUAGGGAGAGAUUUGUUCAUUGACGGACUCCACAGUCGAACAAUAAGGGCUAAGUUGCGAAAGCAGUUUUCCCCCAUCACCCAUACGCUACAACAAAUUAUGGCUGCUGCGGAAGAAAUGGAACGGAAGUUCGCGGCGAACUUGCUGGAAGGAGAAGAUUACCCUAGAGACGGAGAUUCGACCGAGCUCGCUCGAGAAAGAGCAGAGCUGGCUGCUUUACAGAACAAAUUUGAAAACAUGGGGUUUGUAUCAGGACCUGUCACCUAUAUGGAACAGAUAGGCCCCAAACGAGUAAUCCUAAGUGAGACUCCGAGCAUCUCUGCUCCUAUGAUGCCCCCGCCCGUCAGGGAAUUACCCCCGCCACCGGUCGAGGCUCCUGUACGAUCAAACGAAUCGGCGGGCAUUUUCGAACUAACCAAAACUUUGAUUAUUUUGAUCCAAGAAAGCAAAAAGGAACAGCGAGAGCACAAUGCUCGGCUGGAGGCCAUGAUGAGGAACAUGCGACCUAUUGCAGUGCGUGCCCCUCCGAUGCAACAAGGAUUAGCCCCCGCCCCUGCUCUCGGAGGAGCUGCGAACAAUCUGAAUGUUUGCUACACAUGUCAUCAGCCCGGACAUCUAGCCCGUGAUUGCCCCCAUCGACCCCCACAACAGCGGAUCGGAGUCGCACCUAUGGCUGCGGCCCCCAUCGCCAACGGACCUGGACGAGUCGGAGCCUUGAUGGAAGAAGUAGAGGGUGGGGGAAGUGCCUUGGCCACCACGGAAGAGGCCGCUGAGCUAAUUCCUUUAGAUCGGUAUGUGUCGCUGGGAUAUCCUAGGCUAGGAAUGAUUGGAACAAUCAGACCAGCGCCAAAACUGAAAGAGGUGGCGGAGUGGCGACCGUCCUUAGGAGAAAUGAAGUCGGGAGGACCCACCUUCGUCACAGGAGAGAUCGAUGUACUAAACAUCAUCCGAGCCUUGGACCAUCGGAUUCCCCUUCUGAUCGGUCAUCUACUCUCGAUCUCCGAGCAAGCCAACGAGCGAAUGUUACAGCAUUGUAAAGCGAAUCGAAAGCGAUUCGCUCUCGCCCGAGCACCGAACGUGCAGCGGCCCCAUCUCUGCCCGGAUCUCCUCCGGUUUGCGGCUUUCUUCAGUACGUCGGCGAUCUAUGCGGCGGCAGAGUUCCAAUUCGCAGAAGAAGCAAAUACGGGCGUUCUGGCCGAGAUCUCGGCCUUUCGYCGGCUAUCCCCUCCCGGGAUUAGCCAUAUCGYUGUCGUUGUCGUCUUUACGGGGGAUAUCACAGCGAUUCCGUCGGCGAAUCACUCCGACAUCUAUCGGACGUUGCGCACUUWGGCUGGGGAAGUGAGGACGGCGUGCACGGAUCUUCUGGCUCGACGAGGAGAUACCAUCGUACCGGCGCAUGACACGGACCUCCAGCUCCGCUCGUCUCGAAGUUCGCCCGCGAUCGUGCUUCCGGAGCUUCAAGACAGCGUGGAGUUUCUGAUCAUCCAAGCCUGGAGGACAGCGGAGCAGGGCGACCUGCUGGGAUUCCUGUUCGGGAAGGUGGAGGAGGGCAAUCUCACCUUGAUCACGGACGAGUUGCUGGUGUUUCUGACUCAGCCGGCGGACGAUCUGCCCCUGGACAUCUUGUCGCGCAGUGACAAGCAGCCUGGCACCCACGUGUUGUCUCGAACGCUCGAGCCGCACCUUGUGUGGUCCACGUGCACGGAAAUCGACGAGGACAAUUGUCUCUAUCCCUCCCAGGCGCUUUACUUGGAGAUCGACGUUACCGAUCUCACGUUUUGGGACCCGAUUGCGAGACAAAACAUCGCGCACGACGAGGAGAUAAGGGGAGCAGACGAAGAAGCGGAAGAAGAAGAGCCAUCAAGUGAGGAACGGGACGAUCCGGACUACGUACCGGAAAGAGAGGCGGGGAUAGUCGACGAAUCAAAUCAGCCGCAGGUAAAGGACGAAGGGGAGGAAUCAGAAGAAGAAGAAGGAAGCGAGCUAUCAGGAUCGGAGUGUGAAGGAUUCGAGGCUGAAGUGCGCGACGAGGCGCGAGAACGAGCACGAGAGCGGAGGAAACGGAAGCGCCAGGAGACCACGGAGGGAAAGCGACCCGCAACAGACGUAUCCUCUGUCGAUCCGUCGAUCGGGGACCCGUGGCGUGAUCCAGAGCCGCCAGAGGAGGAAGACGAUGGAACCACAGCGGAGGGAUCACGCGGCAGAAGAAGAAGAAGAAAUGCAUCAUCAGCUCCCUCCGCCAGUGAUGCUGAGAAACCUCAUCUGCAAGCACUCUUAGAUGGUGUAAUAACACGGGAACAAGAGUCAGAGAAGGAGAGGAAGGAGACCUUGCUGAGAAGGCAAGUAGCUCUCCUAGAGACUAUUCCCUCAUUGACUGAAGAGCAGUGCGGGGAACAGUUGCAGUCCAUACUUACAGCCUUUUUUCAAGUCCGGAAUCUUGAGGAUCAUACCAUUCAGAUCGCUGAAGUCUUUGUGGAGCUGCAGACUCUUCAGGAUGAUGUGACUGAUAUGACCCGCAAGUACCAUGACUUGACAAAGGAGGUGGCUGACCUGCGACAAGCCCAAGUGGCCAACCGUCUUCCUCUACCCCCUGGAUCUGAAGCUGCAAUCGAAACCACCUCUGCCCCUCUUACUGUAUUUUCUUCUACCUCUUCUUCGAGUGUGAUGGCAAGCCCUUCGGGACCUGCACCAGGUGCAGAUUCCACUGUUGCUGUAACAAGCAAUGAGGCUGGAACUUCUGCAAUUGCUGCAGCCCCAAGGCCGGAACCAGUUGCUGCUGGUCCCAGCUACGCCAGUCCCUACGUGGACCGGAAGGCGGUACAAAUAUCGUCCAAGUACGACAGCAAGGAUGACAUCACGUCCUGGAUCGACUCCAUGAGGGCCUACCUUGAGAUACUAGGAACUCAACCUGAGAACCAGGCGGUGAUCAUGGGAAUGAAUAUCGAGCCAGUCGUACGGGACUUCCCAGAAGUCCAAGCAACACGGGCUGGCGGGUGCAAGAUCUUCUCCAAGAUCGAUCUCAAGUCUGGCUACCACCAGAUUGAAGUCGAUCCUGCGAACCAGCACAAGACUGCAUUCAAGACACGCGACGGGCUUUAUGAGUUCACCGUAAUGCCCUUCUGUCUUACGAACGCACCAGCCACUUUCCAAAGCCUCAUGGACAAGGUCCUCCGCGAACAGAUUGGCCGGUUUGUGGUAGUGUACCUGGAUGACAUUCUGAUCUUCAGCAAGUCUAUGGAGGAACACCUCAAGCAUCUUGAGGAGGUGCUCGCUAUCCUCAAGAAGACGCAUCUCCAUCUCAACUUGGAGAAGUCUGAGUUUGGGAAGGAUAGCGUCAUCUAUCUUGGGCACCGGUUGUCUGCUGCAGGCUUAGAGCCUGAGUCAACCAAGAUUGAGGUUAUACGUGAUUAGCCUCAACCUGCGAACAUUCGCGAAUUGCAUUCUUUCUUUGGUCUCGCGUCGUACUAUCGGAAGUUUGUACCCCGUUUUUCUUCAUUGCUCGUCCGUUGUCACGACUAACCAGUAAAAAUGAGUCUUAUUCCUGGGAUGCCGCGUGCACGGAAGCUUUUCAAGCUCUCAAGGAAGCCUUGGUAAGUUACCCGGUACUCCGCAUUGCAGAUCCCAAACUGACCUUCGUAGUUACUACGGACGCAAGUCAGUAUGGAAUCCGUGUAGUGCUGCAGCAAGAUGACGGCGAUGGCCUCCGGCCACUCGAGUACUACAACAAACGAAUGCCCAGCGU